AAAGCCUCCUUCUACUCCUCUUCAUCCUCCUCCCCUUUAUUGGCUUCAUUCACUUUCUUUCUUUCUUUACUCUCUCUCUUUCUCUCUCUCUAGACCUUUCACUGGAAUUUUCUUGUAUUUGAUUCCAUGCAUUUCACAUAAACUUUUUAAAAGAAAAGAAAAAAAAAAGGGAUCAAUUUAAAGUUCUAAACCAUGGUUUUCUCACCCGUUACACCCUUUCUAGAUCAUCACAAUUGGCAACAACAGCUACAACAAUCAAAUAACUAUCAACAAGAAAACGGUGGUGGAGUUGAAAACCCUAAUUUUCCUUCACCGAUAGUGCCAGCUCAACAUGGAGGAGGAGGGAGUGGUGGCGGUGGAGGAGGAGAAGGAUCAAUUAGACCGGGUUCUAUGGUGGAUCGAGCCAGACAAGCAAAUCUACCGAUGCCUGAGCCAGGACUAAACUGUCCCCGUUGUGAUUCAACGAACACAAAAUUUUGCUACUACAAUAACUACAGUCUCACGCAGCCUCGACACUUUUGCAAGACGUGCAGGCGUUAUUGGACACAGGGUGGGGCUUUAAGGAACGUUCCGGUUGGAGGAGGCUGUAGGAGGAAUAACAAAAGAAAGAACAGGAGGUCGAAAUCUCCAAGUGACCAAAAGGGGGCUAAGUCAUCCAUAAGUGGAAGUCCAUCAAGGUGUACUAGUACUGAAAAUAUUGCAACAAGUACUCAUCUUCGACAUCCUCCAUCUCUUCAAUUGCCCUUAAUUAUGAGCUCAUAUGGAGGUGUUGGUAGCAAUAUCACAUCAAAUCUUGGUGGAUUUCAUCCUCAAAAUGAAAUAGGUAAUUUCCAAUUAGGAACUGGUGGCCCAAAUGGAAAUAACUUUGGUAAUAUGUUGUCAUCAAACGGCGAGAAUUGGAGAAUACCUUUCUUGGCUGGCUUUGAGGUACCUAAUAAUAAUACCAACUUAUUUCACUAUCAGAGUCGAGGUGCAAUAGAAACGCCCGCAGCAUCUUCCAUCAUCGAUAAUUCUCAAGCAGAUCCUCCGGUAAAAGUUGAAGAUAACCGAGGCCUGAACUUAUCAAGACAGGUUAAUUUGGGUGUUUCGGAUAAUACUAAUCAACAACCAUGGCAAGUGGGAAAUAGUUGGGCUGAAUUUUCUGGUGCCAAUACUACCUCUUCUACUCCUACAACUCAUUUUAUAUAAUCUUGCUCUUUGGGGAAACUUCUUUAAUGAAUGUUAAAGCUCUCGAUCAACUAAGUUAACUUGGACGUACGGAACCCUAGAUAUAUAUAUAUAUAGAUAGCUAGGAUAUGUGAUAAAUGGUCUCACUAGCUUAAGAUUAAUUAAUUAUUGCUGAAGAUUGGCGGAGAAACAAUGGUGGGGUUAUUAAUAAUGUGGUAAUUAGCUAGUAGUACAAGGUGUUUUUAAUUAGUUUUUGCUUAUUGUGUUUGAGAUUUCGAUUACUUGUACUUUAAUUAUGUGGAAUGUUUUUACUAAUUUGUGUUCAAA